AUGGCUGGCAAUCCUAUGAUGUGCGAUUGUAAAUUGGCUUGGAUAUUCAAUGAUAAUUUACACACACUUUUUAGUGAUUUAAAAUGUAAUCAGACAUCAACCAAAUUAUUGACGGAUAUCGCACAGCUUGAACGCAAUGAACUGUGUGCUUGGCAACCGGUAAUGUGCCCCAAAAAAUGCAAUUGUUACAUACAAUCUAAGUCGCUGAUCAUCAAUUGCUACGAUGGACAACUCGACGUUAUCGAACAGCUGCCACGUCCCGAGCAAGUUUCGCUCACGAGCUCGAUAUUGGAUAUUAGGAGUAAUAAUUUUACUGUUUUGCCGCUAAACACGACCUUCGGCUAUGCCAACGUUUCGCAACUCUACGCUUCGAACAAUAAAAUUACGAAUAUAAGUCUCUUUCAACUGCCGACCAACUUAACGUCUUUGGAUCUUCGAAAUAAUUAUUUAGAAUCAUUAAGUACUGAAUUUUUGCGUGCAAUUCUUAAUGACAGCUCAAAACUAGAGACUUUGUAUCUCAGUGAAAAUCUUUGGUUUUGCGACUGUGCUGCGCAGGAUUUGAUAUACACCGUUCGUGCACAUCGGAAACGCAUUCCUGAUGUUGAACAGUUACACUGUGUUAAUCUACAGAAUGUUACACUCCUAACAGCAAGUGUGGGCGAAUUAUGUCAAACUGUUAAUGUGGAGCGUUAUCACUAUAUGAUCGCAAUUGGCACUACUGUAGCGGUUAUCAUUAUUAUUUUACUUAUUAUUGCCUCACUCUACUAUAAAUAUCAAAAGGAAGUGAAAGUCUGGUUAUAUGGUCACAACAUAUUGAGCUGUUGCAUUCAUGAAUUAGAGCUGGAUGAGAAUAAAACAUUCGUUGCGUUUAUCUCAUAUUCGCACCAGGAUGCUGACUUCGUCAACCACACACUACUGACGCAACUUGAACAGGGCGAGCCACCAUUUCGUAUAUGCACGCACGAACGCAAUUGGCUUGCGGGCGCCUAUAUACCUGAACAAAUUAUCGUACAUGUUGGCGGUAGAAUGUAUGUUAUGGGACAAGUUGAGAUGAAUAAUAUUCGUGACGAUAGUGCUUAA